AUGGAGACCAUGACUAGCACCUCAGGUGUUAACACCCCUUACGUCUCUGACAAUGAAACGGUUUCGAGCGCUACUACUGCGCCAACCCCUCGCGAUGACUUCAGCGCUGUCAUCGGCAUGGCCUGUCGAGUUCCUGGGGCUUCCUCUCCUUCCAAGCUCUGGGAUAACAUCAUGACCCAGCGUGACGUUCAGAAGAAGAUGCCCUCCGACCGCUUCAAUGUUGACGCUUACUACCACCCUGACGGAACUAACAAGGGAACGACCAAUGCCAAAUAUGGUUACUUCCUUGACCAGGACCUUGGCCUCUUCGAUGCUGGUUUCUUCCACAUUUCCGGCAAGGAAGCUGAGGCCAUGGACCCUCAGCAGCGUCUCUUGCUUGAAGUUGUCUACGAAGCACUGGAAAAUGCUGGCAUUACCCUUGACGAAAUCCGUGGUAGCCAAACCUCUGUUUACUGUGGCUGCUUCACCAACGACUACAACUCUAUGAUUACCAAGGAUUUGGAAUACUAUCCCAAGUACACCGUGACCGGAACUGGUGAUGCCAUUCUUUCCAACCGUAUCUCCUACUUUUAUGAUUUGCACGGUCCUAGUGUUACCAUUGAUACCGCUUGCUCCUCCUCCCUUGUUGCUCUGCACCUUGGAAACCAGUCUCUUCGCAGCGGUGAAUCCGAUUUGUCCAUUAUCGUCGGAUCUGCUCUUCAUUUCGAUUCAAAUAUCUUUGUGACCAUGACCGAUCUUGGUAUGCUUUCCGUUGACGGUCGUUGCCGCCAUGGAGAUAAGGCUGGUAGCGGUUACGUUCGUGGUGAGGGUAUCACCGCAGUUGUUUUGAAGAGGCAAUCCCGUGCCGAGGUUGAAGGAAACCGAAUCCGCUCUAUUAUCAGAGCAUCUGGUGCAAACCAUGACGGAAAGAAGCAGGGAAUCACUCUCCCAUCGGCUCAGGCCCAGGCGGCCUUGAUUGAAAGAACCUACAAAGAGGCUGGCCUCAGCCCUGCUGAUACUCAAUAUGUCGAAUGCCACGGUACUGGUACCGCAGCUGGAGACCCCCGAGAACUCCGUGCUCUCAGCUCUGUUUUCGCUUCUACCCGUGAUGAACCUCUCUGGAUCGGCUCUGUCAAGACGAACAUCGGUCAUCUUGAAGGUGCCUCUGGAUUAGCGGGUAUUAUGAAGGCAACGAUGGCCUUGGAAAAACACCAAAUCCCUCCAAACAUGCAUUUCAACACCCCCAAUCCUGAGGUCGAUUUCAAGGGAUGGAAGCUACGCAUCCCCACUGAGCCUGUUGAGUGGACUGUUAGCGAAGGUGUUGCUAGACGUGUCUCCAUUAACAGCUUCGGAUAUGGAGGCACCAACGCCCAUAUCAUAUUGGAGGAAUAUAACCGCCCAUCUUCUACGAAGCUUGCUCUUCCAGAACCUUAUGUUGAGAUGACCAAGGGCCGCCCUUACCUUGCACCAAUUACUUCCCACUCUGACAAGGCCGGCAAACUGAUGGCUGAUAAACUUGCAGCUUACCUGGAAGCUAACCCUGAUAUCAGCAUUGCGGACUUUGCUACUACCCUUAGCAUUGAGCGAAGCAUGCACGAUUUCCGCUCUUUUGCUUACGGAGCAACCAACGAAGCUGUUUUUAGCAGUCUCAAGGAACCGCUCCCAGUGGCUGCCUGGGCUAGCAAGAUGACUUCCACUCCACGACUUGGUUUUGUCUUCACCGGCCAAGGUGCUCAGUGGUGGGGAAUGGGUCGCCAGCUCAUUGAAAUGAGCCCCCUAUUCCGUCAGUCCCUGGAAAAGUGUGAUGAAGUUCUCCAGGCUCUUCCCGAUAAGCCUGACUGGACCGUUGUUGGUGAGCUUCUUCGAUCUCAAGAGGAUUCUCGCCUAAGUGAGACUCGAUUCUCUCAGCCAAUUUGCACUGCCCUUCAGCUUGCUCUGAUUAACCUCCUUGCUUCCUGGGGAAUACGCCCGUCUGCUGUUGUUGGACAUUCUAGUGGUGAACUGGCUGCUACUUACGCGGCUGGAAUUUUGUCUUUCUCUAAUGCCAUGGUGGCUGCCUACUACCGUGGUCUUUACAUGGGCAACGCAGCUGCUAGCUCUGAUAGCGUCCCUGGCGCUAUGAUGGCCGUUGGUCUCACAGAAGUCGAGGUUACUAAUGAGCUCAAGCCAUACGCUGGCCGCAUUGCGGUUGCUGCCAUGAACAGUCCCACUAGUUUCACUGUUUCUGGCGACGAAGAUGCUGUUGUUGAACUUCAAGCUAAGCUCUCUGAACGCAAAGUCUUUGCUCGCCGUCUCCAGGUUGGCCAAGCUUUCCACAGUCACCACAUGCUUCCACUCGCCCCUGGAUAUGAGCGUGCUCUGAAGAACCAUCCCGGAUUUGCCCCUCAGCCUCCAACUGCUCGCAUGUUCUCCAGUGUUACUGCCCGAGUUGCCGACUAUCAAGCCAUGGGACCAGCUUAUUAUGCUGCUAACAUGACUGGCCAAGUCAAGUUUUCCGACGCCCUUACCGGAAUUGUGCUCGACGAGGACGAUGAGCAAAACAUUGACGUUUUGGUUGAGGUCGGCCCUCACCCUGCUCUGAAGGGACCAUCCAACCAGACUCUUAACUCUCUUAACGUCAAACUUCCAUACAUCGGAGUUCUCGAUCGAAAGGUUGCUGCUUACGAUAGCAUCCUCAGCGCUGCUGGUCAAUUGUUCGCUAUGGGAUACCCUGUUGACAUCCCUGCCGUUAACCAGGACAAGUACAUUGACGCGAACAACAGCCUUGUUACUGUUGACAGUGGUAAUAAACUUCUUGACUUCCCUAGCUAUGCCUGGGAUCACCAGAGAUACUGGUCUGAAACCCGUGUCAUCAAGAGUCACCGUCUUCGCAAAUUCCGACACCAAAUUCUCGGUGCUCAGAUGCCUGGAUGCCUUGAAGACCGUCCAAGAUGGCGAAACUAUCUCCGCUUGGCUGAGAUGCCCUGGCUUGUGGACCAUGCAGUUUCUGGCAAAGUUGUUUUCCCAGGAGCUGGGUAUAUUACCAUGGCUAUCGAGGCUGCUAUCCGCCUUGGUAACCCCGAAGACCCAAUCAAGGAGAUCCACCUCCGCGACAUUGCCAUUAAGUCUGCCCUAAUGGUCAGCAACAGUGACUUGGGCACCGAGGUUUUGCUUGAGCUUCGUCCAGCAACUGAAUCGGCCAAGACUGUUUACUCAACCUGGAAAGAAUUCGCUAUUUUCUCCUUUGAUGGUGAUUCAAUGAGGGAGCAUUGUACUGGACUGAUUCAAGUUGAGAUGGGUGAAGAGCGUCCCGUCCAUCGCAUUAAGCAGCGUGCUCCUGCUUCAGAACUUCGAGCCAGCAGCAAUAGAACUUUGGCCCAUACUAAAUAUUACCAACGACUUGCUACGAUCGGCCUUCACUAUGGACCGGCUUUCCAGUGCCUCAGUGGGAACGUUGAGUGUGGUAAAGGAUUCGCAACCGGAGAAAUCACCUGGGAACCUAAGAGGGUUUCUACUACCGAUGACUCCAGCGCCAGUGUCCUCCAUCCUACAUUCUUGGAUUCUUCCUUGCAUCCAAUCUUUGCUGCAGUUGAAGGUCUCAUGGGCCACAGCAUCACAGAGUCAUUUAUCCCCACUUUUAUGCGCUCUUUGAAGAUUUCUGGUCUCCUUAACCGCAAGGAGUACAAGUGUGAUGGGUUCAAGGCCAAUGUUGCAGUUGACAGCUGGAUGCAUGGACCCCGUGUCGCUAUUAGCAAUAUCGGUAUUGAAUCCAAGGAUGGCCGUCUCCUUGCGGAUAUUGAAGGCUUAGAACUGACCAGUCUUGGAAGUGAUGCUGAUGACCAACAGAAGAGAACACUUUUCUUUGGCAUUCAGUGGAAGCCAGCUUUCGAGUUCCUGACCCCCGGUCAAGCCCAAAACCUCAGCGUCCCCGAGAUUGUUGACCUUUACGUCCACCAGAACCCUAACCUGCAAUUCCUUCACUACUCAGAUUCCCACACCUCUACAUUGGAUAUCCUCAACCAUCUUGGCGGCUCUAAUGGAGAGAGACGCAAGUUUGGCAAGAUGACUGUGGUACCUGUUGGCUCGGCAGAAGAGGCAAGCUUCACUCCCCUUGUUGAGCGCUGGAAUGGUCUUGUUUCCCUUGACGCCCCCCUCGAUGAGGAGAAGUUCGAUGUUAUUAUUGUCUCCUCCUCAGCCGAAGCUGCUUCCAUUGAGAAACUCAACGAGAAUGGCCUUGUUAUAUCCCAUCCCGCAAAGGCCCCCGCCGCCGACAAUCUUAGACAGUUAUGGUCCACUUCAGAUGUCAUCGUGUUGAAGGCCGGUGAGGAAUCAUCGUUCACCCCCGAGACCUUGACCAUUCUUAUGCCAUCCAAUCCAUCUGCUGAGACUGAAGCUCUUGCCCAACGAAUUGAGUCAACCACCUCAGCAAAAGUUACUAGAAAGGAGUUCCUAUCACUCAGAAACGGCACACGCAUGGACGACAAUGUCAUUUCCCUCUACGCCCUCGAUGUCAACAUCUUCUAUGAUGAGCCAUCCAAGGCUUUGAACGAAUUCAAGGCAGUUCAGUCCCUCACAAGCGAUGCAAACCGCAAUAUCGUUUGGCUCAGCCAGGGUACAUUCAUGGAUUGCCCCUGCCCAGAGCAAGCCAUGUUCCCAGGUCUUGCUCGCUCUGUUCGUCACGAAACUGAAGACUUGAGGAUUGCAAUUCUUGAUAUUACCAAGUCUGCUAAGGCUGAUCUCUCUGCCGAACUCAUUUUCCGUAUCCUCAACCCAACCCUCCAUGAAGAGGAAAUUGCACUUCGAAAUGGCCAAAUCCACGUCUCCCGUCUGCACGCCAAUGACGAGUUGAACUCAAAGAUUGCUGGAGGCUACAAUCACCAAGCCACAAUGCAACCAUUGCACCAGAAGAACAGGCCACUCAAGCUCGUUAUUGGACGACCUGGCUUAUUGGAAACCCUCUCGUUUGCCGACGACACUGAGAUUACCGAUGAGCCUCUCAAAGACGAUGAGCUUGAAAUUGCUGUUAAAGCAUCUGCUAUCAAUUUCCGUGACAUUGCUCUCAGUAUGGGUAUCAUCGAGGAUUACAAACUUGGAGACGAAUGUGCUGGUGUCGUCAUCCGCAAGGGAUCCAAAGUUUCGGAUGAAGAAUUCCAGAUUGGUGACCGUGUCGUCGCACUCCGUCCUGGCGAGGGUGCUCAUCGGACCAUUGCUCGCAACCCAGCUUGUUACUGUGCCAAGAUUGGUUCUCUAACCUUUGGACAAGCUGCCGCCUUCCCCCUGGUUCUCUCUACUGCCUAUUUCUCCCUCGUUGAGGCAGCUAGACUCAAGGAAGGUGAGACCGUUCUAAUCCAUGCAGCCGCCGGUGGUGUUGGACAGAUGGCUAUUCAAGUUGCCCAAUUGGUUGGAGCCAAGAUCAUUGCCACUGUCGGCUCUCAAUCUAAGAGGGAUCUCCUCAAGAACACUUAUGGCCUUACUGACGAGCAAAUCCUCAACUCCCGUGAUGACUCAUUUGUUGAGGGUGUCCACCGCCUUACCAAUGGCUGGGGUGUGGAUGUUGUCCUUAACUCCCUUGCUGGCAAGCUUCUCCAUGCUACAUGGACCUGCCUUGCUCCAUUCGGUCGAUUCAUUGAAAUUGGCAAGCGAGAUAUCCACCAGAACAGCAGGAUUGACAUGGACCCAUUCAGAAAGAAUGCCACUUUUGCCAGUGUUGAUUUGGUUACGAUGUUUAACUUGAAGAACCGAUCAAUUGCUACCAAAUUAUUCAAGGAGUGCUGCGAACUGUUCCAGCAAGGAAAGAUUCGCUCCAUUCCUACCGUUGAGCUCGAGUAUGCUGAAUCAGAGAAAGCUUUCCGCAUGCUUCAGCUUGGAAAUGUAGCUGGUAAAGUCGUUCUAGUUCCUGGAGAUGACAACCAAGUCCUUGUGCAGCCAAACACCAACGAUAGCAAGGCAACUCUCAAAUCAGACAAGAUAUAUCUCCUUGUUGGUGGCCUUGGUGGUCUCGGCCAGAAGCUUGCUGAAUGGCUUUACCGCCGUGGAGCCCGAAAAUUGGCUUUCCUUUCUCGUUCUGGUGCGGAUAAGCCUGAGGCUAAGGCUGUUGUCCAAUGGCUUGAGGACCGAAAUGUUAAUGUUCAAGUGUUCAAAGCCGAUGUAGCAAACUUUGACGGAGUGAACAACUGCGUUCAAAACAUCAAAGACAACCUUGCAGGUGUCUUCCAGGCUGCUAUGGUUCUCCAAGAUUCGCCCUUCGACAAGAUGUCUUUCGACCAAUGGAGAAUUUGCACAACGCCCAAGGUUAUGGGAACCUACAACCUCCAUACGGCUACCCUUGAUAUUCCCCUUGAUUUCUUCGUUUGUUUCUCCUCCCUUUCUGGUGCUGUUGGAACUAAGGGACAAGGAAACUACGCUGCCGCCAACUCUUAUAUUGAUUCAAUCUGCCGAUACCGACGAGAGAACGGCCUACCUGCCACCACCAUGGAUAUUGGUAUGGUUGUCGGUAUUGGUGCAGUGUCUGAAGAUGCCCAGCUUCAAGCUGUUAUGGAACGAGUUGGCUAUGACCCAGUCAAUGAAGAAGAGCUAUUCCACCAAAUCGAAACAUCCGUCUCUUGGGACCAGUACAAGACCCUCGACAGCAAUGGCUUUGAUGCCCAUCAAACAAUCACUGGUCUUAACAUGAGACGUCCUGACUACUACUGGACCUCCGGCCCACGCAUGAAGAACAUCUACCAGAACCAUGACUUCACCUCCUCUGGCAAUCUUGGCAAGGCUCAGAAGAGUGUUAUGGCCCUUCUUCGCGCUGCGGACACAGCUGAUGAUAGGCUUAAUAUUCUGAUUGAUGCGUUUAUCGAAAAGAUUGCUCUCAUUCUGUCUAUCGAUAUCGAAAACGUGCAGCCCAGCCGCAGUCUUGCUGAUUAUGGCCUUGACAGUAUCGUCGCCAUUGAGAUUCGCAAAUGGUUCUUCAAGACUGUUGGUGUUGAACUUGCUCUGUUUGAUGUCCUUGGAAGCUCAAGCAUUCGCGGUUUGGUUGAGAAGGUUUCAGAAGCAGUUGUGUUGGAAGAGGCCGAGACAGAAGAUACCAGCAAGCAACAAACAUCAUCACGGGCUGCUCGAUCAUCCAGCACGAACGUUGCUGGAGAUCACCCCCUUGGUGAAAGGUCAUUCAAAGUGUCUCCUGAGGAUGAGGUUCCUAUGUCUACUUUCCAGAGAAGAUUAUGGUUCAUUCACAAUCUGAUUGAAGACAAGUCCUUCUUGAACUUGCCUCUAUGCGCCACUAUUAAGGGCAAGCCUGACAUCCAAGUCUUCCAAAUGGCUCUUGAGGAGCUCAAGCGACGAAAUGACGUUCUUCGUACUGCCUACUUUGAAGGAGAGUCAUUUGCCCAGCAGAUGGUCACUGAUGACUGCUCUGUGGAGCUCAACUUCCUCGAUUUCACUGAUGCUCACGAUGUUGAGGCUGAUAUUGAGGAUUUCAUCGAAGAGCAAACUCAUGAGCCUCUUGACAUCGAGAACGGAGAGAACAUCCGCUUUACUCUAAUCCAAACUGGGGAGGAGGAGUUCACUGUGGUCACCAUCGCUCACCACAUCUCCUUCGACCGUGGUAGCAGUGAGUCUCUCCUCGACCAAGUUUGCAAUCUUUACAACUGCCUGCGCAACGGAGAUGACUUGGAUGGUGUCAAACAACCUGCCGCCUGCUACUCCGAAUUUACUAUGUGGCACAACGACCGUCUUCAGUCUGAGGAGCAACAAAAGGAUGUCGAUUUCUGGAAGGCCAAGUACCAUGACCUUCCCGGCCCGACCAAAUUGCUCCCAUUCGCAAAAGCCGAGCGACCAGAGUCCAACGACUACAAGAGGAGCAUACACCAAGGCCUGCUAAAGAAGGGUGCCCACCAGAGAAUGAAGAGAGUCUGCGCUCGUCUUGGAAUAACCCCCGCCCAGUUCCUCAUGGCCGCUUUCAGAGCCUUCAUCUACCGCUACACAGAACAGGAUGAUUUGACUAUCCACAUGAUUGACGGAAACAGACCUCACCCAUCUGUUAGCGAUACCGUUGGGUUCUUCGUCAACGUUAUUCCCGUCCGAUGCUCUACUAAUAACGAUGCUGACUUUGAGAGUUUCCUUCGUGAAAUGAGCGGUCUGAUUCUCGAAUCUUUAUCUCACUCCAAUGUUCCAUUCGACCUCAUUGUUGAUGCGGUUGGUGUCCCAAGGAACCCAGCGUACUUCCCACUCGGCCAAGUUGUUGUGAACUAUCAGAUGCAUGGAAAGAUCCCAACUUACUCUACUGAUGAUUUCACCAUGAUUGAUAUCCGAGGAAAGGAUGUUCCCACUGCCAGUGAAAUGCAACUUGAGGCAACCGAGGACCCUGACGAAGGACUAAAGCUCUCCCUUGAGUUCUCCAGCACCUUAUAUGGAAACUCUGAGAUGGAACGUUUCUUGGAUAACUUUAUCGCGUUCAUGAACAGUGCCAUUCGCGACCAUCGCCAACCAAUCUCUGAAAUCUCAAUGGUUGGCCCAAAGGAACUUUCUCACUUGAAGAACAACUUCUUUGCCAUGGAUUUCACUGAAAACACCUGGGAGAACCAGUCAGUCGCCGCCCGUAUCAUGGACAUCGCCCGGCAGUAUCCCAACGAUGUGGCUAUCGAGACUUCCAACGGAAGCAGCAUCAACUACAAGACCCUCGUUGACAAGGCAGAGAAAAUCGCGGCUACCAUUGAAUCUAAGGGAAUCGAUUCUGGGUCCAAAAUUGGAAUUUUCUCUAGCCCUGGAGUAAACGCAAUUUCCGCAAUGGUUGGUACUCUCUUUGCGCGCUGUGGUUAUGUCGCCCUCGAUCCCAGCUUCGCUACCGAACGCCUCUCUUUCAUGGCCAAUGACUCCGGAAUGAAGCUUCUCUUAGCUGAAAAGGAGCUCGAAGCCAGAGCUAAGGAGAUCUCCAGCAAGGCCACUUCCCCUUUGGACUGUGUUGUUAUUGAGAACAUCUCGGAACCAUCACAGCCUAUUCAGGGGCCACACAAGACUGCGAACAAUGAUCCAUUCUACAUGAUCUACACCUCGGGAAGCACAGGCACCCCAAAAGGUGUAGUUUUGAGUCAAUCAAACACUCAAGAGAUGCUUAGCACUCUGCAUCAUGACUAUAAGUUUACCGCCAAAGACCGUUUCCUUCAUCAUUCUUCUAUUUGUUUUGAUUUAUCUAUUGUUCAAAUUUUUUCUGCACUUACCUGCGGCGCUCGCGUCUGUGUUGCUACCGCUGCUACUCGAAAGGACCCUGUUGCUCUCGCCAAAUAUAUGGAGUCCUCUCAGGUUACUGUUACUUAUUUCACUCCUACCCAAUUCGCCCUUCUCAUCGAAAACGCAAAGCCAAACCUCCAAAACAUCCGAAAAUAUCGAAUUGCUUAUUUCGCUGGUGAACGACUGCCAGUCCGUGUUGCCAGGGCAUUCUACGACCUCGGAACCCCAGCUGUGGUCCUAAACACCUGGAGUCCUAGUGAGCUUGUGGUUCAGACCACCAUCCAACAAGUUGAAUACCCCAGUGAAGAUGAAGUCAGCAUUCCUAUUGGAUUCCCCAUGGCAAACACCCGGCACUAUAUCCUUGACAAGAACUGCCAGCCCCUCCCAGAAGGAUUCAUUGGUGAGAUUGUUGUCGGAGGCGCUCAAGUUGGCCUUGGCUACCUUAACCGACCGGAGGCGAACCGAAACUCAUUCGUAGCUGAUCCCUUCUGUUCUGACGAAGACCGUCAAGCUGGCUGGACGAGAAUGUUCCGAAGUGGUGACAAGGGUCGAUUCCGCCCGGACGGAAGCCUGGAGUUCCACGGCCGCAUUGCUGGAGACAAGCAAAUCAAGCUUCGAGGCUUCCGUAUCGAUCUUGGUGAGGUCGAGCAGAGACUGUUUGUGGAGUCCAAGGAUGAAUCCGGAGAACCACAGAUUGUCGAUAUUUCAGUCGUUGCCCGUUCACCCACCACAGCUGAUUCUCAGGAUAUCACCGAUAACCGCCAAUUGAUUGCAUUCGUUGUUACCAAGAAGCCAUUCGCCGACCAGAAGAGCAAACAAGCUUUUGCCUUUGAACUGAACAACAAGGCAGGCCAGCAUUUGAACAACUAUAUGCUUCCAAAUGGUUACCAAUUCCUCGAUGCCCUCCCAGUCACCAUUGGCGGAAAAGUCGACCGCCAACGUCUCCUCAACUGCGAGCUUUCCUUGACCUUCCCUACCGCUGCAACUGAAACGGUUGAAUCUCAAGUUUCCGCGUCCAACGAUAAGCCUGACGAUAAACUUGUCAAUACUGUCCUGCAAGGUUUCCAGGAAAUCUUGAAACUGCCCGCAGACCAAGAGAUCGGGGUCAAUGACAGCUUCUUUGAGCUCGGUGGCCAGAGCAUUCUUAUGCUCAGACUGCAAGCGAGACUCAAGCGUGUUCUCAAGGUUACCCCAACGCUGGCAAUGAUGUUUGAAAAGCCGACUCCUAUGGGCAUUGCUCAUGCCAUCUGGAGCAAAUCCAAAGAUGCCACUGACGGUGAAAUUGACUGGGACAAGGAGACCGAGUUGAUCGACGCUCCUCAGUAUACCCUAGACCAAAGCCUACCUGACAUUUCUCCAUCUCAGAUUACUGACGUUCUCCUUACCGGUGUUGAGUCCUUCCACGGAAUCCACAUGCUCGCUACCCUACUCCGAGAAAGCCCCCAACUGACAAUUCAUGUUCUUGGUCUUGAGGAGCCGAUGACCUCUGAGGGUGUUUUCAAGGUGUUGGACCAGUGGGACCUACUGCAAUUCUUCCCUGACCGUGAUGCUGUUACUUCCCGCAUCCAGUGUGUCCCCGGUGCGAUGGCUCACCCACACCUGGGUCUGUCAGCCUCCGACUUCAAGCAGCUCGGCCAGACGAUCCAAGCCAUCUACAACUUUGCCUCCCACGUCUCUCUUCUUCAAUCUUAUGACGACCUUCGAAGCUUCAACGUGGAACCUAUCCGCGAGAUCGUCGAACUUGCGACUCUUGGCCGGGUUAAGACUCACAUCCACCACCUAUCGACCUGGUCUGUCAUGCACAUUCAAUCGUGGCAGACCACCAUCCGCAAGCGAAGAGGCCGUCCAGUCACCCAGGAGACCAGUGCCAGCCACUUUACACCUGAAGGCACCAGCCGCUUCGGCUACUUCAAAUCACGAUGGGCGUCUGAGAUGCUAAUCGAGAAGGCUGCAUCCCGAGGUAUCCCUUGCACCAUCUACCGUGCCUCUGCCAUCACCGCCAGCACCGAGACGGGAGGAAUCGAGCCCGACGACAGCUUCGCCCGCCGCAUGGUUCUCGGCAUCGUGGAAUCCAACGGCAUCCCCAAGAUCGGCCAGCGCGGCCUGGAGUUUGUGAUCGACUUUAUCCCGAUCGAUUACAUGACCAAGUGUGUGCGUGCUCUUUCGCUGUCUGACGGACUGAGCCGUCAAGAGAACGUCGCUACGAUCCACCACAUCACGAACCCGAGCCCGGUUAAGACCCCCCAGCUGGUCGACAUGAUGGCCGAGAUUAAGUCUGAGCCCGGCGUGAAGGCAGAGAUCCUGAGCAAGGACGACUGGCUUGAUGGAAUGCAGCGUAUCGACACGGAGCCCGGCGCGGAGAUCCGAUGGACGGUGCUCAAGAGCUACUUUGAGGUCGGCCACAACAUGUUUGCGCUUGACCAAAGAAAGACCAAGGCUAUACUCAAGGACCUGGGUGUCGAGCCAUGCUUCAGCAUCGGCGUUGAUGUCCUGAAGGCUGUCUAUGAGAAGGAGAAGAUGGCUCGCUCGCCCAAGGCGUAG